AUGCUAAACAUGAAGCACAUAUCUCUAAUCUUUAGCAUUAUCGUUGUAGCUACAAUUUCAAUGCCAAUAACUCAUUGUAGAGUGUUGAAACCAGAUGAUGUGAAACUCAUAGAAGACACAUGCAAGCAAACCCCUAAUCCAAAUCUUUGUGUUCAACUCCUUAAAGCAGACCCACGUAGCUCUGGUGCAGAUAUUGAAGGCCUAGCACUAAUCCUGGUCGAUGUGAUCAAAGGCAAAGCAAAUGAAGCAUUGAACAAAAUCAAUCAACUUCUUAAGGGGAAAGUGGAAAAGAAUGCAUUGAUUUCAUGUGCUGGUAAGUACAAAGCAAUUUUGGAAGCUGAUGUGCCACAAGCCACUGAAGCUUUGAAAACUGGGAACCCCAAGUUUGCAGAAGAUGCGGCAAGUGAUUCUGCUGUUGAGGCCACUUCUUGUGAGAAGGGAUUUUCUGGGAAAUCACCACUUACCAAUGAGAACAAUGGUAUGAAUGAUGUUGCAAACGUUACAAGGGCCGUUGUUAGACUUUUGCUCUAG